UUUCUUGCGAUUCAAAAUUCGAAGUUUGUCAACGGCUUUCUGCUAUUUGUUUUUAACUGUCAUUAUGUAUAAGUAAUUGUUUAUUAUUUACUACUAUUAUGGCUUUGUGGACAACAGUGUAUGCAGGAUUUGAUGCAGAUGAUGAAACUGCGAAUUUUGGCACUAGGGCUUUUGCUGAAACAAAUGGAUCUAUUUAUGAGUCUUUUACUCUAGCUGAAAUUCAACCUGAUCGAGAGGUUAUUGACAAUCCAAAUGUAAUUGCAACUAUUCAACAUUCAAAAGUUUGUGUUGCUUUAGAUAAGUCAAUAACAAUUUUUAAUGAUGAAAGCUGUAAAGUAAUAACAAUCAGUAGCAGUUUUGAUUCAUUAAUAACGAGUUACACUCUUUCUAAAGAUGGAUAUUUUCUAUUCAUUGCUCUUGCCAGUGGAUUUCUUCAUUGUUUACAUUUACCUAGUAAAGGAAAGCUGGUAUUUUCCAAAAACAUUUUUGAGAUACAAAAUCAAGAGAAUAAAAUCUUGAAGAUAUUUACAGAAUAUAAGGAAACAUUAGAUAUUAUUGUUGUUUCUGAAAAUGGAAGUAUAUUUAGGAUUUCAGGAUUUCGUGACGAAAUCGUUCACAAAUGUCUCAUUGAAAAUAAUGAACAAGCUGUUUGUGAAGCGAUACAAAGUAUCAAAUGCCAAAAUGUAUUUAGCGGUUUCACGAAAAACAAGGUUUCUCAAGUAAGUGUUGACACCUUAAACAACAAUGACACUUCAGUGCUAAUGGUUGGCAGAAAAACAUUAAUGUGGCCCAGUGAAUGUUACAGUUUACUAGAAGAUUUACCUUUUCAAUAUAUUGAUGCUAAAUUUUUGAAGAAUCAAAGGGUCCUGCUGGGUCUUCAAUCAGACAAAUCUUUGAGCGUAGUGUGUCCAUGGACUCUGCUCGCAAAAAAAGUUUAUGAUGGUCCUGUAACUGAUUUUUUGAUCCAACAAGAUCAUAUUAAUGAUCACCUUCAUCUGAUAAUUUUGAGAGAACCCUUGAAUGGAGCUGAAACAACUUCUUUAGAAUAUGUAUCUUAUCCUGAUUUUCAAACAAAAUUUCAAAUAUCAGUUCCAAGUUCAACUUAUUUAGUGGAAUGUAAUGGUUCUUUGACGGAAAAUAUCAUUUAUAUGGAAAGUAUAACAAAUUUAUCAAAAAAUAUAAAAUCAGUACGAGUAAAAGCACUUGUGGAAAGUAUGCCUGAGCUUCGUUUGGGGCGAUUAUUGAAAAGGGGGAAAUUUAAAGAAGCUGAGUGUUUUGCCGAUAAUUAUAAUUUAAAUAAAGAAUCUAUUUACUGUGCAAAGGCAGCAUUUUUUGUAAAUCAAUCAAGUCCCUGGGCAAGAGGCAAUACCGAACAAAUUGAUUUAGAUGAAUUUAUCGAAACAUUAAACAAUAUAAGUGAUGUAAAAUUUGUCUCCAAUUGUUGUAAUAAUGUCUUAAUGUCAAAUUACAGUCAAAUGAAAAAAUUAUUAUUAUAUGCACGUCAAAGAAUUCUUCAAUGCAUUCAGGAAUCAAGUGAUAAUAAGGAACUAUCAAAUUUACUUUCUGUAGUAAGUAAUACACUGCAUAAACUUGAAACAUUCGAAAUAAUUCGAAAAAUAAAUGAAAAUUCUAAUGAAAGCGAAGAGGAAAUGGUGAAUGAAUGGUUACGAUUUUCACAAAGCGAUUUAAUAAAAGAAUGUAUUAGAUAUCUGGCACAUAAUAAUUUAGAAGCAGCAUCUCUUAUAUGGGUUCAGCACUGUUUGAAUUUAGUAAAAGAUUUAACCCUGAAAGAAGUGUCCUUACUAUUGGAAUCAAUUUCAGAAAAAACACCAAUUUGUGAACUUUGGCCGUGGCUUAAACAUUUUGUUCCGAGUUUAUUAUCGGUUCAGCCGAAUUUUUUAUCGGCCAUUGUUUCAUGGAGUUGUAGAAAAACAAAUCAAUUGGAAAAAUUACAUCGAAAUUUGUGGCCUCAAAUUGGUUUAGAUUUUGUGAAUGAAUUCAUUCAAGUUCUUAAUAUUGAAAAAACUCAUCAGUGUUCAUUACUCUAUCAACAGUAUGCUGAAAAAAAUUCUCCUUUACAGCGGCUAAUAACAAUUGUUCAAGCGCUAACUGAUCUUUUACAACUAAAGGAAAAUUACAGAAUAAUUGUUCCUUUGGAUACUUAUAUGGAUGAUCCCACGGAAUUAAUUCAUUUACUAUUAAACAAAGUACAUGUAGAAGAAAUGCAUGGUUUUAUCAAAAAUUUUGUUCAUCAAUAUAUGUUAAAUCAUCGUGAUUUAAAAAAUGAUCACGUUUUUUCUCUCUUUAUCCAGAAAACUUUAAGAAAUUCGAAAGAUUGGCGCUUUUUGGAAGAAGCACCUUGGGAGAAACGAGUCGCUAUAGUCAUAAAAUUUAUUCACAACAUUCAGAAUCGGCUGCAAUUAGUUUUAGACGUAUUGAAAGCAGCUCCAGUUCCAUGGAGCGCUACAAUGGAUUUGCUUGCAGAAGAAAAUUGUCUCUAUGAUCAUGCUUUAGUAUCGAAAAUUAGAAUAGAAAAAAAUUCUAUUCCCGUUAAGCUUAUUCUCAAGAAAUAUGGUUUCGAAGACGUCACCUUGAGCAAUAAAUUGAUUAAUUGCAUUAUUAAAAAAGCCGAUGCAAAUAUGAUUAAAGAUAUUUUGGAAUUAACUAAAACUAAUCAUUAUAUAAGAAUUUCUGGAUUAUAUUCUGCAAUCAAUAAAUGUUUACAAAACGGUGAUGUUUCGAGAGCAAUAGAUAUAAUUAACAGUUUAGAAGACGAUGUUGCUUUACAAUGUUGCAAACAACUAAUUAAUUAUGCAAUGAAUCCUUUAAUGGUUGUCAACGACUCGUUAAAAUAUUUCAUAGAAGUUUUAAAUGUAAUUGAAAGUAAAUUAAAAGAGAUUUUAAAAUGCACAAAAUCUUGUUCAGCAAAUUUUGAUGAAACUCUUUUGAAUAUACAACACGUGAAGGCUCUUUAUAAUUUAAGGAAAAAUUUUAACAUCAAUGUUUCUGUUUUUCAAUAUCAUAAACAAAAAGAAGAAAUUUUAGGGAAUUAUAUCCAUGAAGAAACAAAAGUUAAUUUGUUUGAAGAUAUUAAUAAUGAAGAUUAUAAAAAUUGGAUUCCAUUGGUUUGUAAAAAUGCACGUCAAGUCGCAAAUUUACUAAAUGCACCAACAUUAAUGGUGGAAAGUCUUUUGGAUGAAAGAAUGGAACAGAUGUCAAUGUUGCAUCAUAAAGUUCUACUUGCAUCUGAAGAAAUGAACAAAUUGAAUGAUUACAAUACUGCAUAUGUACAAAGAAUUUGCUUAACUUCUAUGCUAAGUAAUCAAAGUAAUUAUGAAAUAUCAAACAGAAUUUAUGAUUUAUGUGUCUCAUCGAUAAAUUUAUGUCACAGCACUGAGUUGCAAAGCAAUUUAGCUUUGUACCCUUGGAUCACAACUUACAUGGAAAGUUGUUGUUCAAAAAUGAAUGAAUUAGAUUCAAUUUACAAUUCAAGAAUAUUACCACAAUGGAAAUUAUAUACAAUUUAUUCAGAUACACCAGUCUUUUCAAAAUUAAAUGUAUUACGACUUUUUCAAAAUUCAAUGAAAAUUUAUUUUCUAUGCAGAGCCGCAACGGGAGAUAUUAUCUGCAAGGAAAACUUUGAUCCUUCCAUGCAAGAGAGUCAAAUAGAUCAAUUGUUAAUUAAGUGGAAAAAAGAUUUAGAUACACUUCAAAUGGAACAUUUGGAUUAUUCUGUUUUAAAAAUUAUUAAAACAUUGCUUUUCAACUGUUGUUUUGCAUUCAAGGAAGAACAAAAUUUAGAAGUAGAAAAUGCUAUGAAUAAUUAUUUACUUUCUCUUCUGCAAAAAGUUAUCAGCAAUCCAUCAUUUGAUUUGCAAUUAGGAUUGGUUUGUCAUUUUAUGCUCACCGAGAAUGAAAGUUCCCAAUGGUUUUCAAAUGAACUUAAAUCUUGCAACUAUCAAACACAUUAUAAUCAACAUCGAACAAUAUCUCAUCUUGGUUGGGAAUAUUGUUAUCUACUGAAGAGUGAUGCUCGUGGGCAGUACUACAAAAAUAGAAUAUUACAUUACUGGUCAAAAAAAUUAAUACCUUAUGGAAUUUCAUACAAAGAAAUGUUUAACAGUUCCAUUGAGAGUAGACGUGAUAUUUUGAAACGCGUUAUGUGUUCAAAAAAAGAAUUUUCCACGGAAUUAAUUGAAGAAUUUUGUCAGGAUUUCGAUUUUUAUUUAAAUGAUUGCUUGCUAUUGUAUUUAAAAAUUUCAUUAAAAAACUGGAGUCCAACAAUUAAUGAAAUAACUGGUUUACAAAUCGACGAAAAUGAAAUUAAAAAACUCGAAACAAAAUGCAAAAAUAUUGUUUCUAAACUUGAAGACAAAAGUUGUUUGAUGCAGUAUAUUUCACCAAUAGAAUCUGAAAUAAACUGUUAUUAUUACGAGGUAUUUCUUAUUAUUAUGGAUCUCUUAGAUAAUAAAAAUACAGAAAGAAUGAAUCUUUUUUAUUUUUUACAAAAUUAUACACGUAUCGGAGAACCGACUAAAUUUGAAAAAGACCAUUGGGCUCAAAACAAUCCGGAGAACUGUAAUUUGCCUCUUAUAUCUAAAUGGAGAUUUCCAUUCAUACCAAGUGUCGAUCAGUGGCAAUUAAUCAAACCUGAACUAAAUUUAAAGACAUACAAUAAAUGGCUGGAAAUUGCGCCUAUUCUAAAUUUAGAGAGUGAUCUUAUUUGUACAUUAGCGAUUAGAGGUUCUGUUGCUCAAAUUGGAAAUAGUGGAAGAUCUGAAAAUAAUUCUGAAUGGUCUCUCUAUCCAAAGCAUAGUGGUCUGUUGAAAGAAAUGAAAGAAUGUAUUAAUUCAAUGAAAGGAGAGAAAUCACUUGAAUAUGCAACGGCAGUUUUAUAUUAUGUUGCCAAUCACACACCUCCGGGCGCUGAUCAAGUUGCUGCUGCCCAAGAAUGCUACAGAAUGGCAAAAUUGUGGCAAGAAGAUUGUAGUGUUCCAAUUGAAGAUACCACCACUACAUGGAAUGGAAGGGAUUUGCUCGUGAAAAUCAAAGACAAAUAUCAUCAAUUCACUUCAAAACAUAUCCUCUAUACACAUGGACUGGGACAGGAGCAUUAUUUGAGUUUGAUUUUAUAUCCAGAAAAAUUGAUUCGAGAAAUUUAUAUGAAUGAAAGUAUUCCUCUAAGAUAUAAAGCUGCAACUUCAAAUAGGCCUGAUAUUAAUUCUGCGGCAGAUUCAUUGGGGAAACUUUUUAAUAUCAAUAUGGUGAUGCUUCGCUCUGAUUUACUUUUAGAGUGGCUUCAUCCUAAUGUCAAGGAUACGAGAAUGAACGAUAGUGCUACAGAAAUAUUUAAUGCAAAAUCAAUAAGUAGAGAUGCACAAUCAAUUUCAGACGAUAAUUUACUAAGAGCCUCUUACAUUCUUAAUCGAGAUGAUGUCAUGAAUUCAGCUCAUUUUUUGAUGAAUAUUUCAUUUAAUGAAAAUCAGAAGAAUUUUGGACCAGGAAUUCGUUAUCGUGCCUUACAAGUUUUGCAUACUAUUAUGAACACGGAUUCUCUAGAAGAAUUAACUCACCGUGACAUAAAAUCUAUUAGGAAAUAUAUGAUGUCUUUGUACUAUUUAAACGAAUUGGAAAAUGUUGGUUUGAGAUACAAUAUUAGCAGUUUUGAAAAUUGUUCAAAACAUGAACUUGUACAAAUGCUGUUGACUGCACAAUUACAUACACCAUUACUGCUUUCACUAAUUUUACACAUUUGCAUAGAUUUUAAUAUAGAGGAUUAUCACUUGUGGAAUACUACUUUGAAUCAAAUGGCCAAUUUACUAAUGGUGAAAGAAUUAGAAACAUUUUUGCCAAUGGUCGCAACAUUAAGUCAUGUAACUAAUUGUACAGGAUACCUAUCAGGAUGGCAAUUAAUAAUAUCCGAUACUUUCCGAAAAAUAGAUAUAAAUCCAAGUUCAAAGCAAAUAGAAGAUUGCACAAGAAUUUUAAGACUCCUGCAUUCUUGUCCUGUGGUGAAUAAAUUGAAGUUCGACGAUGUAAUACAGUAUUGUUUCGAUUCAAAACAAGCACAAUUUGCAGUGAUACUUUUACCAUUUUUAAAUGACGAUCAAAAGAAUAAUGUUUUAAAGAUUAUUAAGACGUCAUUCGACGUGGAACAAGUAAUCAGUAAUCUACAAUUGUUGUCCAAAAAAGGAGUCUUGGCAGUUUCAUAUUCAAUACACGUAUUACGAGAAGUAGCGAAAUCUUAAUAGGAUUUUGAUUUUUAGGAAUUUAAUCUUUCAGGAAUUCGUCUUAAAUAAAUUUAAAUAUGAUUUUAUUUUUAUUACAUUUUAUAAGAAAUUAUUUCAUAUUUUUUUUCAUUAAUCAAUUAAUUGCUAUUAUGUUUAUCUAUAAUUUGUAAAAUAAUUUUAUACUUUUAUAAUAAAGAAUGUUUAUUACAAUUAAUUUUUAAAAGAAAA